CAAACUUAGUCAUCGAGUGAAUUUUUGCAGAAUCUCAUUAUAAAUUUCUUCCACCCGUAAAGUAGGUUAGGAGAAAGUUAACUUUUUACAACAAACACUGCAGUGUAUUUAGUAUAACAUUGGCAGCUGUGGUGUGCGGUGUUAAAUUCGACAAAAGACAAAGCAAUGGGUUUAGGAGGGCAAGAUUCAUCCGUUGCGGACUACGUCUGCCAGCUACCGGAAGCCGAAAGGACCAAAGCGCUUCAGGAGUUGAGAGAAGAUGACAAUAUUAGGGAGCAGAGCUUGGACCAGAUGCGGGACUGGAUCAACAAACACCCCAACAUCAAGAAGUGCAGAACAGACGCUCCUUUCCUGCUCCGCUUCCUGCGAACUCGCAAGUUCAGCGUUCCCCAGGCCUGCGAGAUGCUGGAGCGCUACUUGACCAUCAGACAGCUGUACCCCCAGUGGUUCCGAAACCUGGACUGCGAGGACCCAGACCUGGCCGAAAUCAUCAAUGCUGGAUACCUUGUGCCGCUUCUGGAGCGCGACCAAGGGAGAUUAGUUUUAUUCAGCUGUGCGGGAAAAUUCGAUCCGCACAAAUUCACGUCUGCACACAUGGUGAAGGUGCACAGCUUGGUCACCGAGACUCUGAUGGACGACGAAAUCAACCAAAUCAACGGCUACACUUACAUCAACGACGAGAGCGGCUUUCAAAUGGCGCACAUCUCGCUGUGGUCUUUGACUGAUGUUAGAAACAUCCUGCGGUGUAUUCAAAACACGACCCCGAUGAGACAUAAAGCUAAUCACUUCUUGAACAUCUCGUCCAGUGCGAUCAAGCUGAUCGAGUUUGCGAUUUCUCUCCUCAAUGAGAAGCUUAAGAACCGAAUUUUCAUUUACAAGAGUAUCGACGAAAUGUACCAAAAAGUUGACAAGAAGAUCCUGCCCAAAGAAUACGGGGGUGAAGUGCCUCUUGACGAAAUGCUGGCCAAAUUCAAGACUGUCCUCAAGGCAAAGCGCGAGCAAGUUCUGGCUCUAGACGACAUGUACAUAGAAAUCGACGAGAAAACGUGUCCUCUAGUCUCCGAAAUGAACGAAGAGCUUGGUGUUGGCAUUGACGGCAGCUUCAAGAGACUGACCGUUGAUUGAAACACAGUCUCUCGUUUUUCUCUGUUACGUAAAUGUGAUAACAAUUACUACACUUUCUACUAGUUAUAAUAAUCGUAAUGUAAUUACUUCGUAAGUUGAUUUAGCUAGACUAUGCCCAUGGUGGUUUUCAGUUACCUUUCUUUCCGCAAACUUAUUGUUAAGUUGUGUCUAUGUCACUGUAGUUUGUAAGGAUUUAAAAAUAAGUCACUCAAACUAGGUGUCGCUUGUUUAGUUGUUAUUAAUUAUGUUGUUUAUCGAUGUUUAUUGUUUAAAACUAUUACCCCCUGUUGUAUGUUUGUUGCAAAAUAAAUUUUUCUAAGGCA